AAUGAUAUAGAAAUAUUGUACUUAAAAUAUUAUUGUUAAAAUAGUUCUUCAACAUUUUUUUAAUUUUUAUGCACAAGUUUACAAACUCUUUUAUGGUACAGCACUUGAAGGAAUAUAAUUUACAAAUGAAAACUUCAUUGAAAGGAAUUUAAUGCUGGCUAGAGCAAAAAAUAUUUUUUAUACCUUGAGGAGGAAUUAUAGUUUCUGGGGAUAAUAUUUUUAAUGGUUUCAGAGCCUUGUUAAAUAAUAAGAAAAGUUUCUCUUAUUUCAUAUUGUAAAUUGAUAUAAAAUAAGACACACAUUUAGGUUGAAUAAUAUUUAGUACUAUCACCAAAUUAAUUUCUCCUUAAUGACUGAUGUUAAUUUUAAAUGUUGGUUUCUAAGAAAUUUAAAAUUUAUUUUUCAAUCAUUUAAGUUAUUGAAUUAUAUUAGUUUUUGUUUUGCAACGAAAAAAAAGGAUUUUAUUUGUGCGAGAAUAUUAUUAUCAAUUUAAAUGCUUAAUUUAGAUUUUGUAUAACUGGAUUACAUGGAAUUACAUACUUAUGUUUUAAUAUAAAUAAUAAAUUUAAAAAAAAAAAAAGGUUGCAUUUAUUAACAUUUUAUAAAUCUCUUCACUUUAUCGAUAUUCUUGCUUCAAAUUAUGUCUUUCUUCCCUUUGAACUCCUAUUUUGGGGAUAUUUCCACAGGUGAAUAAAGAGUUGAUCAGUCAUUCCAGAGUAAAACUGGUGGUAGGAAAUUUUUGCUACUUGUUUUCCUACUUCGGGUGUUUGCGGUAUUCUGGGCAUGUUGUGGUUUGGAGGGCUCGGUAUUUAAAAAGUUAAAGUUAUUUCGAUUAGUCAAGUAACAUGCUUCUAAUAAUGUUAUGUCUAUUAAACUUCAUUGUUAAAUUCUAUACAAAUUUUAUGUGCUGCUCAAUUUUUUUGUUAAAAUUAUUUUUUGCAUUCAAUUUAGCAUGUAUUGCUUUAACGUUUCCAAUGUUAGUAAUUUAAUCUAAUGUAUUAUCUCUUUCUUUCUCGCUUUUUUUAAAAAUCAUUUCCUUGUUCUUAUUUUUAUUGCUUGUUCAUUUUAGGAUCUUGUAUAUCAUGACAUAUAACUUCAAUGAAAAGCAAAUGUGGGUAUCUGUUUUGGAAAAAGCAGCUGAAAUAAGCCUUUCAAAAGUAGACAGUAGUCUUAAAAGAUUGGAUACAAAAACAAUUAUAAGUCUCUAAGACAGUAAAGCUAUUGAUCCUUUAUGUGCAAGUAUAUUUGAUGAACAAGUUAUGCUCUUGGAUGCGAUAGAAGGAUUAUAUGCUCUUUCAGAUAUGCAAGAUGAGUCUCCUUCAUCCAUUAAAAAAAUUGAUGGAAUAAUGCGUGUUUUUCAAAUUAUGAGUCUAAAAAUUAUUAAUGUUGCACUCCUUAUAAAUGGUGAGGAUCGGGAAUUGAGUUCAGUUGAUCUAGAUUGCCUGAAAUCACGGGUAUUUGUUUCCUCCUAUCAGCCCACCACUUUAAAGUCUGUGGCAAAUAUAAAGAACUACCAUUUGUUUGCUGUUCAAGAAAAUGCUGUAACAAAUGGACCCUUCAUUUGUUGUACUACAUCUCAAACUGUAAUUAUUUGUCAGUAUGAUGUGGUGAUGAAAUUAUUUUGCAAUAAAAAGGCAACUAUUUUCAUAGUUUUUGGCUACUUCAUACUUCAGACUGCUAAAAGCAACUAUUUUGUUCAUUUUUUCUGUGGAAAUCCUGGUAUGGCAAGAGCUUUGGAACGAAGGAUCAUAAACUUAUCAACCUGUGUGCAUACAAGAUGAUUCAACCAAGCAAGCUACC